AGAGAGAGAGAGCUGGUGGAGAGAGGAAGAAGAAGCCCGGGGAGUGGGAGAAGAAGAAGAAGAAGAAGACGGGGGGAAUAAAGACUUGAAGACAGCGAGCGGAGGACAGAGGGAAGAGAGGAGAGGACAGUGUGCCCUCCCCCUCCCCCUGUCUGUCUGUCUGUCUGUGUGUCUUCUCUCCGGGCUGUCACAGCACAUUUGGACUCCGACGGAGCGACACCGCGUCCAGUCCAGACCGCAUGGGGUAACAGGCGUUUGUUCAGCAACACAGAUGAACAACAGGAAGGAGGACAUGGAGAUCUCCUCUCACUACCGUCAGCUCCUCAGAGAGCUCAAUGAGCAGAGGCAGCACGGCAUCCUCUGCGACGCCUGUGUCAUCGUGGAUGGAAAGAUCUUCAAGGCCCACAAGAACGUCCUCCUGGGCUCCUCACGCUACUUUAAGACUCUGUACUGCCAGGUAAAGAAAGGGGCGGAGCCUCACCACCAGACGACUGUCACUCACCUGGACAUCGUCACAGCGACGGGAUUCAAAGCCAUCUUGGAUUUCAUGUACUCAGCGCACCUAGCUCUGACCAGUAAGAAUGUGAUCGAGGUCAUGUCGGCCGCCAGCUACCUGCAGAUGACCGACAUCGUCCAGGCGUGUCACAGCUUCAUCAAGGCUGCGCUGGACAUCAGCAUCCGCUCUGAGAUGGCUGAGGAAAUGGCUGACUUUGAAAUGGGAGCUGUGGCUGCUGUCGGCAUCGGUGGAGGAGGCGCUGGAGGUGGAGGAGGAGUGAGCUUAGCAGGAACAGGGAACAUUGUGGGAGCCACGUUAGGCGGAGGAGGCGGAGGAGGCGGAGGCGGAGGAGGCGGGAUCAUGGGCAUAGCUUCUGAAGCUCUAGCCUCCAUCAUGUCCGGUCGCAGCACCUCCCCUUGGCUGGCACGACGCACCAGCCCGGCCAACUCUUCUGGGGACUCGGCCAUCGCCAGCUGCCACGAGGGAGGCAGCACGUAUGGCAAGGAGGACCAAGAACCUCCCAAGAGCCAUGAGAGCCAGGAGGAAGCCUGUCACGACUCUCAGCCUGCCUGGCCACAUGACUACAGGCCCAUUACCGUCAAAGAGGAACAGGUUUCCCCCAACUCCUCCUCUCAUGCCAGGGGGAGAGCACAGAGCCAGGGAGAGCAAGGGAGUGGAGGAGCCGCAGGAGGAGGUGGGGAGGGACCCUGGCAACCCCUGUCAGGGUCAGGGCGGAGGAAGAACAGGAAGAACAAGGACACGGUCAGACAUAUUACCCAGCAGGCUGAGAGUAAGUGGGACAGAGACCGAGACAGGGAGAGAGACAGGGACAGUAGGCCUGGAUCUCCUCUGCCCUCCAUGUUGACAGUGGCUGGAUGGAACUACAGUGGACAGGACAUCCCAGACGUGACUGAACCCAACAGCUCAGACAGCCGCGGCGAACGCCUGGACUUCUUCCUCAAACAGGAGGAGGCUCUCACCGCAGAGCCCAGCUUCAUCAGUGCCAACGAAUCAGAGGAGCACGGGGGAGGAGGCGGGGCCGGAACGAUCACGUCUGUGGCCAAUCUGAAGGCGGCACUGAUGAGUAAGAACAGCUUACUGUCCCUGCGGGCGGAGAUGAUGGGAGAUGAUAACCCCUUACUCUACGAGUACCUGCCCAAAGGAGGACACUCCCUGUCGUGGCUCCGCUCCAACAACUGCAGCAGCACGCUCCGGCCAGAGGCCACGGGGGCCACUUUUCUUAACAAACAGGGGGCUGGCUCCUCUCCUCCUCCUUCUCCUCCUCCUCUUCUUUUUUCUCUUCAUCCUCCAACAUCACCACCACUACCACCACCACCAUCAUCGUCAUCAUCACACUUGCCACCCACUCCACCCACACCGCUGCUUCCCUCCGAGCCUCGGCCCCUGGAGGCCCCCGGCCCGUGGGCUGGGGUGUCCCUGCUCCUGCGCACAGACCGCGUGGACAUAGACGUGGAAGAUCGUCCUCCUGACGACGCGGAGUCCUCAAAUUCACCUGAGGAGGAAACAAACGAAGACGACAUGAACGAAGGCUCAGGUGAGCAGUGUCCUGAGGAGAAGGAUCAGAUGGUUGAUGGGAGCUGUGCUGGUGGCUCCACUGUGCCUGCAUCAGUGUCAGUGACUGGCAGAGGGACUAAAGGUCUGAGGGCUGUUCUGCCAGAACCUGGAGCCUGGCCCUGCUCCCUGUGCAAACGGCUGUUCAGCAGCCUGGAGCAUCUCAGGGAACACGAGUACCGCCACACCCUGUCUCUCAUGGCCUUGUCCGUGGACUGGCCGAGCACGCUGGGUCCACGGCACCAAGCUAUCCAGCCCCGCCUCCUGCCACAACCACAACCUUUGCCGUUCCACCAGUCUCUCCAUUACUCCACGGUGGCCGAGUCCGUGCCGGGACGCUACCUCUGCUCCCAGUGUCCAGCCAGCUUUACUCUGAAAUCCAACGCCGAUCGCCACGAGAAGACGAUCCACUUCAAGAAGAAGCUGAUGCAGUGCGUGUACUGUCUGAAACACUUCAGAGACCGCACGGACCUUCACAGGCAUCUGUCGUCCGUGCACUCCAGAGAGAGAGACCACACCUGCCCCGCCUGCACCAAGGCCUUCAGCACGCAGAAGAACCUGGCCACACAUGUUAAAGUGUGCUGCCAGGUGGGGUCACUACGGGGAAGCAUACUGGAGGGCAGCAGGCGGGUGGAACUGUCCCAGGACGGGGUAACGUAUCCACUUUGGCAGCUUUCUCAACAGAUGAAAGUUGACAAUCGUGUCCACAGUAUCGAUAUCGUGGGAAACUGAGACUGGAUACAGAUUCUCUGCCAUCACUACGGUCAUUGCUGUUGUACGCUCAUGCCAAAUGGGAUUUGUGGUGUCACUGCACUGAAAUCCUUCUGAAAUCAAAGUGUGUUGAUGUGAUUAUUCAAGUGAUCGUUCAGGUUUCCAAACACCAAAGUCAAAAAAUGACACAUUUGAACUAAACGGUGAGUGAGUGAGUGAGUGAGUGAGUGAGUGAGUGAGUGUAAGACAGUGAUUACUGACUAUGUGUCAGUGCCUCACACAACAAACAUGUUUGUUAUGUGAUGUGAUGCAAAUUGAAAACCUAUAUCUCUGAGAUGAACGGUUGCUAUGCACAAUCUUUUAAAUGAUGUGUUCUGUUGAGCUCUGAUUGGACCUAUAAGCUGGUCCGGGUACAGAAAACAAAGAGGUGGGGGUCUGUAAUUGUUGGUCUUUCCGCCCUCCCAACCCUAAACCACUUGUCUGGCUCUUUGUCUCCAGUCAACACAAAGUCUCCUCUCCUUUUUUAGGCACAGAGAUCUUUAUCUCAGUGUCCACCCCUGCAUUAAGAGCACAAAGACACUCACAUUCUUUCACUGCAUACUUUCAUGGCUGCUCUGAGGCCCACAGCCCACACAACCACACCACCUGCAGGAACUUGUCAGCAUUGCAGCACCUAGAGGUGAAUGUUUCUGGAGUGACACAAUAAAUACACAAUAGCCUUGGGUCGGUGCUGCGCGGUGAGUGCAGAUGGAGGGGAUGUGUCCAAUGACACAGAACGUGCUCAAACAAAAGAGCCGUAGCAGCUCAGACAGUGUCAUUGUCUUCUUUCUCUCUGUCCAUCUCUGGUGUCAUCUCUGGUGUCAUCUCUGGUGUCUGUAGCUGGACAGUAAUGCUCCACAGCUCCGACCCUUCGUAACCCCUGACCCCUCAUCUGAAGAGGAACCAGAUGAGCUUAGCAAUGUUAGCAAUGCUGCUGCUGUCUGCAGGAGGUCACGCUUUUUAUGAUAUACAUCAUCAUUUUAACACACAAAAACUUAAACACUGACUUCAAUAAAUAGAUUAAUAAGACAACAAAUACAUUUAGAUUAUCCGUAACAUUUCCAACAAUAAUUUGGUAUCCUGUUAUUAUUCAAAUGUUGAACAAUCAAAGUAGAAAUUAACACUAGACUGUGGAGAGAAUGAAUGAAUGUGCCCUGAGAAAUGACCUUAAUAACGAAUGAUGAUACGGACAAAGGUGAAAAUACAAAUAUUCUGUGGUGGUUCAGUGUGUCCGUGUCAUUUUCAGUCAUUUUCAGACACACAGUAGGUGCCAGAAACACUACAAAAAUCAGUCAUUUAAUCAUCAAAUAACAAUAUUCAAUGUGGACACAUACAAUGAAGGCUCCACACUAAGCCUGGCUGGUGAAAAUAAGCCUGUAUUCACUUUAUUAACAGUUCCUAAACCACUUGUUUUUAACAGAAUCAAAAACAUUACUUUACAACUACAUGGUGUAAGCGCACGAGCUAACAUCAAGUAAAAAGUCACAUUUGUCUGGUCUGCUGCAGAGAGUUGAAGCGCAGUCUUCCAUCAUGUCCACUGGGGGCGCUGUUCAGAAACUGCAGACAGCAGCUUCUCACUGCUCACACACACACACACACACACACACACACCUGUCAUUACAUGUGCAGCAGUAUGACGACUCAGGGAUUUAAAUCAAAGAAUGUUAUAUUUGUAUUAUUAGGUCUAUAAGAGACACGUCCUCACAUCAGCAGUUAGUCGUUGUUCAUACACUUUUCUUUAAACUUCAUUGUACUGGACAAACGUAAACAGUGUAACUGUGUAACAGUGUAACUGUGUAACAGUGUAACAGUGUAACAGUGUAACUGUGUAACAGUGUAACAGAAACCUUCAUCAGACACAGUGUACGUUCCAGAUCAACGUGCUCUGUUGUUCAUUUGUGUUACUGUUUCACAAAGUUACCAAAUAAAUUGACAAAUUCAUUGAAUUGUUUUAAAAUGCAGUUUGUGAUACUUUGUUGGAAUUUGAUGAUAGUUUUUACAGUUAAAACAAAUACUGUCGUAUAAAUGAGGAAGGUUUGUUUUUCUUCAGGAACAGGAAGAAGAAUCAGGUUUGUGACAUCACCCUGUGCAUGUGCAGAAAACAUGUCUGACCUCCAGGUUAAUGUCAGGGCCCAGCUGUACUGUUACUCCCAUCAUGCCUCUGGGCUCUGUGUGGGCGAGGGGCGUGGCUCUAUCCACUUCUUAUAAUACAUCCAUGGUGGAGAGGGUAGGAAAUGGGACGGGGGGGUUCAGCGGUGAAGAGGAAUCACCGGCACGAGAGCAACACAGACAGGAUGUUAGAUUCAGUGAAGACACUGAGGCUUAAAAUCUGUCUGACUCAUCUAUCACUGGGUUUCUAACUAAAGAGUUUACAGCAGCUCUUCACCCUGACUGACACACACACACACACAUGCACGCACACACACACACACACACACAAACACAACACACACAAACACACACACAAACACAACACACACACACACACACACACACACACACACACACACACACACUAAAACCAGGUCUUCACCCACAAAAAGUUCUUCAAAGUUGUGAGGAGCAGACAAACACUCUCUAUGGUUUAUACUAAUGGUCAGCAACUGGUGGGGCGUGGGCCAAAACCGUCCCAGCAGCAUCAGUAUCUGGCCCUGCAGAGGAUUGAAAUAAAAUCAGAUUUUUGCUUAAUCUUAAUCUUAAUCUUAAUCUUAUUAAUCUUAAUAAAACAUUGCUGUUUGUAACAGAUAGCCAUGUUUGUACAAUAAAUACACUAAUAUAAUAGUCAAAGACUCAAAGCAGUGUUUCUCACCAUUCAACUGAUGUUCUAUAAUUGUUAACUGUACAUGUGUGUGUCUGUGACACAGAAGCAGACUGUAC